CAAAACCUUCAACUAAAACAUUUGAAAUUUGGCGCGGAUUUUCUAUGAAUUUGGCGCAUGCGCCGCGGUAGGAGCUGCAACCUGUUGUGUUCAGAAUUCAAUAGUGAGUGGAUGGUUGACUCAUUCCUUGUCGAGCUACGCUUGGAUGAGGAAGCAAAUUCAUUCUUUCGCUGUAUCUCUUUAAUUUACUUUGGAACUUAACUUGUCAUCACCGACCGAAGAUUGGAAAUAUAGCAGAGUUCGUUGUGAAACAAUUUCAGCCAAAUAUAAUUGUAAAAGAUACACAAAUUUGAAAUAUGUCUGAGGAUUGGGAUGAUGGUCCAGUAGCCGUAACACAGAUCAGCAAUGAAAUAGGUUUCGGCAUGCCAGGAAGUGGAACAACUGGCAGAGGAUUUAAACCACCAUCAAGCAACGAUUCAAAUGGUUUUAGUGACAGAAAACCAGGAGGUCGUGGUUUUGGUACAGAUAAUCAGGUUGGUGAAAGUCGUCGAGGAGGCGGAGGUUUCCGUGGUGGCCGCGGUGGAGGCGGUGGCUUUGGCCGUCGAAAUGACGACGAAGAAGGUGGAGGAGGCCGUGGAUUUGGCAGUGGAAGUCGUGGAGGUGGUAGUUUUAAUCGACGAAAUGAUGAUGAAGAAGAUGGAGGUGGUGGUCGGGGCUUUGGUGGCGGCCGUGGAAGUGGUGGUGGGUCUGGUCGCCGAUACGACGAUGGAGAAGACGGAGGUGGUGGUCGGGGCUUCGGUGGCGGGUGCCAUGGAAGUGGUGGUCGGGGCUUUGGUCGCCGAAACGACGAUGAAGGUGGUGGAGGAAGUCGUGGAGGAGGUGGUUUUGGGCGUAAAAACGACAACGGAGAAUAUGGAGGCGGCAAUCGUGGAUUUAAUGGCGGUGGAAUGAACGGCAGAAGUGGUUUUGGAAACAGAAGAGAUGAGGAUGGUGAUGAUGGUGGUGACCGUGGGUUCAAUACUGGACGAGGCCGUGGAAGAAGUCGUGGUGGCGGUGGUGGUAGUGGUGACCGAGACCGAGAUCGAGACCGAGGUGAUGAACAGGAAAAACCACGUGAACGUUACAUUCCCAAGGAACGUACUGAAGAAGAAUUGUUUGCUGACGGCACCAAAGUUGGCAUCAACUUUGAUAAAUACAACGCGAUCGAUGUCAAAACAAGUGGAGAAGAUGUACCUCCUCCAAUUGAAUUCUUUGAAGAUGCCAAUCUUCGCACAUUGCUUAUCAACAAUAUCAAGAGAUGCAAUUACACUGUGCCUACUCCAGUCCAAAAGUACUCUCUUCCUAUCGUAAUGGCAGGUCGAGAUUUGAUGGCUUGUGCUCAAACUGGUUCCGGCAAAACCGCCGCAUUUAUUAUUCCAAUCAUUCAAAGGUUGCUCGAAAAACCUCGUGAAAUCGAAGACUUAAAAGCCCAAAACUGCGUUGAGCCACGUGCUCUCGUUAUUGCCCCCACCAGAGAAUUGGCAAUACAAACUUACAAUGUAGCUACAAAAUUCGCCAAGGGUUCGACUUUAUAUGCCAGGGUUUGCUAUGGUGGCACUGCCAUUGGAAAUGAACUAAGGCAGCUCUUCAGUGGCUGUGAUAUACUGGUCUGUACAGUUGGAAGAUUGAUGGGAUUCGUUGGUAUGGGUAAAGUGAGCUUUGCUUCUAUAGAGUUUGUCGUGCUGGAUGAAGCUGAUAGAAUGCUUGAUCAAAAAUCCAUUGAUGAUAUUGAGAAGAUUUUGUGUCACGAAUCAAUGACACCAGUAGGUGAACGUAUAACCCUCAUGUUUUCAGCCACCUUUCCAUCUCAAAUCCAACAGCUCGCUGGCAAAUAUUUGCAAAACUAUGUAUUCGUCGCCGUUGGAAUAGUUGGUGGUGCCUGCACUGACAUCCAACAAAACUUCAUAGAAGUAAGCAAAAAAGAGAAACGAGGAAAACUUAAAGAAAUCCUGCAGAUCGAAAAGGAUAACAAUACGCUCAAAGGUAUUGUCGUAUUUGUCGAGACGAAGAAAAAUGCUGAUUUUAUCGCAGCAUUAUUGUCUGAGAAUCGUUUCCCAACGACAAGUAUUCACGGUGAUCGAUUGCAAAGAGAACGUGAAGAAGCUCUUUACGAUUUCACUAGUGGGAGGAUGGGAAUUCUUGUAGCAACAUCAGUAGCUGCCCGAGGUCUCGAUAUGCAAUGUGCUCGACAUGUUAUCAACUAUGACAUGCCACAAUUAAUCGAAGAGUACAUUCAUAGAAUUGGACGUACUGGUCGCGUGGGUAACCAAGGAAUAGCCACAAGUUUCUACGAUCCUGAUGUUGAUAGUCAUAUUAAAGACAGUCUUAUUAGAAUCCUUAGUCAAGCUGAUCAACCUGUCCCUGAGUGGCUUGAAAUGGGAGAUGGUAAAAACUAUGGACCUGCAUCAGGCUUUGGUGGAAAGGACAUACGAAGUUUCUCUGACGUUCAAGAUUGCUCUCGCGGUGCCGCGCAACCAGUCGAAAAAGAGGAGGAAUGGUAGAUGAUAAGAUUUCAAACAAGCCACUAUGACAGAUUAUGAAUUCAACUUUUACAUUUCCUUUACAUUAAAGUGUUGAUCACUAUAAAAAAGACAGAAAUCUCAGUAUUUUUGUUUUUUUCUAAGAAAGUUAUCAUAUAUUUCCAACGUAAAAAUACGUUUCUUUUUUAUUUUUAUAUUUAAUUCUACGGCUUAUUUGUUUGACAAAGAACCAUUGCCAAAGGCUAGUUAUCAAAGAUUACUUUAAAAACGAAUGUUCUUAAUAAGCGUUUUUUUAUAAAAUAUAUAAAGAAAAAUAACUUGAAAAA